GCGCUCUGGACGGCGCACCGACAUGGGUGUCGUGCUCUCCAGAGGCAGCCGUGUGAGGCGGCGCCGGGAGGGUGCCGUCGUACGGCCACGUGCGGCCGCUGUCGAGCUUGCGCGCCAGGAAGCCGGGCAGGAUGCGCAGCAGCUUCGGAAGCACCAGAUCGCUCCAGACGACAGGCAGCAGGUACAGCAGCCCUGGACGGGUGCUCUCGACCUCGUCUGACGGCGCUGCGAGCGGCGCGACGGCACCGAGGUCGGGCAGUGUAGGCGCGAGCAGAACUUCGAAGAGGUUGGCCAUGCCUCGUCCGUCGCAGAUGACGUGGUUGACGGCCAGCACCACGUAUGCAUCGUCCGAGCCAGGUGCAGUGACGAGAGUCACGCGCCAGUACGGGCCGGCGAGGCGCUGGGCAUCCCAGCGAUCGUGCUCGGCACUGAGCAGCGUCUCGAGCGUUGUGCCCGAGUGCGAUGCCCCGCCGUCUCGCUCCUCGAGCACCUCAUCGACUGUGCAUCGUCCGAGCUGCCAGCGCGGCACGCGUGCACGUGCAUCUGCAACUGAAGCGCUGAGCAGGGGCACGCCGGCGAGGAGCUCAGCGAUGCGACGGCGCAGGUGGACAUCCAGCGGCGCGCCGAAGGAGCUCCUCGAGACCUUCGCCGCCGUGAUGAUGACAGGAGGCAGUCCGGCGUUGUCGCGAGCGAGACAGAAGCGCUCGUGAAAGCCUGCGCAGACGUGGACAGCGUCAGCUGGCGUGUGCGGCGCAGACGUCCGAGCCCUACGUACCGAGCGGGCGAACAGCGGCGGAGUCGGUGGGCGUCAUGGCUGGUGCUCA